AAGCCACCUUAGCUCAAACGAAACAGUACGAGAUAGCUAUUCCAACAUUAGUAAAUCGAUCGGGGAAGUUCUUGAGCUAUGACGUAACGUACCCUGAAGUUCUGAAGAGGAGGCGAAGAAAUACUGCCGCAAUGUUUCAUGGUUUUCGGCGUAUUUAUUAUAAUGUUACUAUACUAAGCCGUCUUCUUCAACUAGAGCUUGCAGCUAAUGCAAAGUUAACAUCAAGAAAUUUUGCAGUGGAGCAGUGGAAUAGUGAAGGGAUAGUACGUAAACGCCGAAGAUCUUUAUCUUGUUUUUUUCACGGACAUAUUCUCGGUUCUCCGGGAUCCGUUGUUUCUUUAAGUAACUGCUAUGGUUUGCAUGGAAUUCUUACACUCGGUGAAGACUUCUUCUUCAUCGAACCAUACUGGAACCAUACGAAGAACGUUCACAAAGAAGGAUAUCCACACAUUGUUUAUAAAUCAACUAAUAUCAACGUACCUAGUGCAUUUGACCUGAAUAAUGAAGGAAAUGUGAAACAACUUUGGACUAGACGCAAGAGACUCAGGAGGGAGGUACUGUCCACUAGUGUACAACGGUAUGUUGAAACGUUGGUUGUAGCGGACGAUAAAAUGUUCAGCUAUUAUGGAGAAAAGGAGAUCGAACCGUACAUUCUAACUAUUAUGAACAUCGUAUCCAAGUUAUACGGUGAACAAUCAAUAGGAAAUGCAAUUGACGUGGUCGUCACUCGAUUAGUGCUCCUUACAGAGAAGCAGCCAGAUCUCAAUAUUACCCAUCAUGCAAGCGAUACUUUGGAGAGUUUCUGCAACUGGCAAAAGUUAAUUAACACUAGAGAAGUGGCGUACAGGCAGCUAGAGGAAGGAAUCGCCCAUCAUGACAACGCCAUCUUAAUCACCAGGAAUGACAUUUGCUACAACAAGGAUGAACCCUGUGAUACCCUAGGGUUAGGUCAAGUGUCAGGGAUGUGUGAACCUAGUAGAAGCUGCAGUAUUAACCAGGAUAUUGGUUUAAUUUCUGGAUUCACUAUCGCUCACGAGAUGGGACAUAACUUUGGAAUGCAGCAUGACGGAUUUGGAAACAACUGUGCUGUGGGACUGAAUAGAUCUGGACACAUCAUGACUACUCAGCUUUCUCAGCUGGUCCAUCCUGUCACAUGGUCACCUUGUAGUCGCCAUUAUAUAACAAACUUUUUAGAUUCAGGACAAGGCGAAUGCUUGAAGAAUAAGCCAAGGUUUGAAGAGUUUGACUAUCCAAGUUUUCUUCCAGGAGAACUGUACAGUGCUGAUGAACAGUGCCAAUCUCAGUACGGCUCUUUAUCGACAAUCUGUCAGGAAGCGCAGGAGGAACCGUGUGAGGCUCUGUGGUGCGAACAGCCGCAAGGAGGUUGUGCAACAAAUCACAUACCUGUACUAGAUGGAACUCCUUGUAAUGACACGAAAGUGAUGAGUGGAUGGUGCCACAGUGGACAGUGUGUAACUCGUGGUACCAAAAUUGAGCCAGUGGAUGGGAGUUGGGGACAGUGGUCAGACUGGAAAGACUGCUCGCGGAGUUGUGGAGGCGGAGUAGAGUUCAGUGAAAGGCUCUGCAAUGAUCCCAGGCCUAUGAACGGUGGAGAUUACUGCAUUGGCCAUAGGAAAAGAUUUCGGAUUUGCAAUAAUCAGCAUGUAGGCUGUGACGGUAUUUUAGGAUCCAUAGCUAUAGAAGACAAAUGUCGCGUUUGUGAAGGUGACGGUACAACUUGUAAGACAGUUUUAGGAUUCGUGGACGAUCCAUUUGAAGACAAACAAAAAGAAUACGUAGAAAUUAUUCGACUUCCUAAAGGAGCUGUGAACAUCCGCAUUAGGGAGAAAGAAGAAUCCACCAACUUAAUCGCUCUCAAAACAACCGAUGAUUCUUAUCAUUUGAAUGGCAAAAUGGAAGUAAGCUGGCCAAUGACAUAUGUCAUCCUUGGAACUAGAUUUCAUUAUAUGCGAACGACGUCACACCGUGAAUCUCUUCGUGCUCUUGGUCCCCUGUCAGAGGAGCUUAUAGUCGUGCUUCUUUUAGAAGAACCUAACAAAGGUGUUGUCUUUAGCUACAAUACACCAGUAGAGGCACCUUCCGACCAAGCAAACACCACAUCUGGACAUUUUGGAUGAAAAAUGACAGGAGAUAGAUAAACCAGAAGUGCGUGGAUUUAUGACAGAGUAAAACAAGGCUUGGGAAAUUAAAUCUUAAACUUUGAAAACUGCUUUUAUUAUAACUAGAAAUAUUCUUAGAAAAUCAUGUUUUAAAUUGGAAACUAUUUGAUACAAUUUUAAAUAAUUGAGAAUAUUCCGAUGUUUCAAUGUUUUCUACUAAUGUUAGAGACUCUUAACUGACUGUUCAAUUUUCAAGAUAAAAUAAGCAACAUCAGGUGAUAAUGAAAAACAAUAUUAUGUACGAAGUAAUUAUAAAGAAAACUCAUAUUAAUAAUUAUGACAUGUAUAUUUUAAAAAUUACUUGACCGAGGGAAACUAAAUUUCAUCACAGGCAAAUUGAGGAUAAAAAUUAUAUUCAAGAAAAUUUGGACAUAGUACAGGGUGAUUCAAAAAAUGUCAGAGAAGUAAACAGUAUGCUUUCUGUCAAUUCUAAUGAGCCUGUUAAGCAUAUUCCUGAAUGAAGCUACUGCAAGCAUCAUUUGUUCUUAGCAAUGUCCAUAGAUCCUCAUAAUAUAUUGCACACAAUUUAUUCAAAUCACUAAUCUUGUGUUAAGAGAAAUAAAAGCAAUUCCAGUUUGAGAGGAAAGUUAAAUAAGUAUAUGGCUGUGAAAGAUGCUGUGCCAUGUCCAAGCUUUUCUUAAUAAAUGUUUGUGAUUUGCAAUAAAUGCACUCGAUGAAAUUUUGUUCUCUUAGGGCUUUAGUUUUUAUUCUAAUGUUGCUGUUGUUUUAACACAAAACUACACAAUAGGCUAUCUGUGUUCUGCCUACCAUGGGGAAUCAAACCCUGGACAUUUUGGUGCUGUAAAUCUGCAGGAUAUAUACAGAGUGCAAAAUGAGAAAAUGAUAUCGAAGCUAUAACUAGGGAAACACUUUUUUAUUAUUUUAUGUUAUCCUUUAAAUUUUGGUUAGGUAAUCCAGGGGAAGGGGCAAGUGCCUCCCUUGCAGAUGCCCAUAUAAAUAUGUAAACUUACCACUGAUCUACUAGGGGACAAUAGUUUUUAAGACAGAAUAAUUUUAAAUAAAGAUUUUCUAUUAAAAUCACCGUGUAGUUUGAAAAUAGUUGCAAAGAUGCAUGUCAAAAAGUUACACAGUAUGUAUUUAUUUA